AUGGCAAGUCAAACAAAUGACGAAAUUGCAAAACAUAAUACAGAAAUAGCAGUUAACAAUGAUACCCAAAAUGUGAAUGAUGAAGAAAGUACUUCAGAUGUCAAGUUUGGAGAAACAACUGAAAACGUUAGUACUACCACUGAUUCACGAGAUACAAAUACAACCACCAAUUCACAAGUUGUUACAAGCGAUGUUGACCCUUCAACGCAAUGGGAAACCCGUGUUUCUCGUUCUCGUAAAAUGCCUUAUUACUAUAAUCGAGUCACCAAGGAAAGUACUUGGGAACUUCCUAGAGGCGUAGAUCCUCAGAGCAUUAAAGGUUAUAGUGAAAAUUCAGCACAACAGUUAAAUACUAUUGAUCCGGUAAAUGGUGGGGCUGGACAAAUUAAAGCAAGCCAUUUGUUAGUUAAACACAGAGAAAGUCGGCGACCUAGUUCUUGGAGACAAUCAGAGAUAACUCGAACUAAGGAAGAAGCAUUUGAUUUGAUAAAAGGCUAUUAUGAACGAAUUAAAGCCAAGGAAAUUGCUCUUGGCGAACUUGCGUUGACCGAAUCUGAUUGCUCGAGUGCAAAACGUAACGGCGAUUUAGGGUUUUUUGGUAGAGGGCAAAUGCAACCUUCAUUUGAAGAUGCGGCAUUCAAACUUGAAGUUGGUGAAUUGAGUGGACCUGUUUGGAGUGAUAGUGGAGUUCAUCUAAUUCAAAGAACUGAAUAA